AUGGCUACCACCAAGACACCUCUGGAAAGUGUUCAAGCUUGCUGGCAUCGCGUCUCGCAGAACUCGCCAGUCUAUGAAUUCUUCUUCUCAGAGAUCGUCUUGGUCUCUGCGACCCACGGGUCUAUGGUGGCUACUUUGAAGGUAAAACCAAACCACUUGAACUCCAAGGGCACCCUCCACGGAUCCAUGUCAGCCACGAUCGUAGAUUGGGCAGGUGGUAUGGCUAUUGCCAGUACUGGCCUUGAGAAGACUGGAUUGAGCACCGACAUCCACGUGUCAUACGUGUCGACUGCGAAGCUCGAUGAUAUUCUGACCAUCGAGGGCAGUGUCAGCAAGGUUGGUCGCAACUUGGGCUUCACCACCGUCACUGUCUACAAAGGAGAAGGAGAGAACAGAUCUGUGGUGGCCCAUGGUACACAUACAAAAUACAUUCUUCGUGAUCGAGAAUGA